AUGGGUUCAGUAAUGAGUCACUGCUCAGCACACUAUGAGAAGUAUAAGAAGGACUUAAAGAUUGUUAAUGACAAGUUAGACAAGAUUCUGCUUAGUCAACAGAAGAACAUUCACUAUCUUGGUGAGGAAGAUACAACAAUUCAAGAUGGGGAGAAUGAAGUAGCUGGGCUGUGUUAUGUGCAGAACCAAGGUGGUUUCAAGUCCUACAACCAGUUCAAGCCAAACAAUCUGUCUUAUAGGAGUACAAAUGUGGCAAACCCACAAGACCAAGUCUAUCCACCACAACAAGCACAACAGCAGCACAAUUAUGUGCCUACACAACAGAACCAAGGUUACCAGGGUCAAAUGUGUUCCCCAGCAGGGUUUCAGACUGAGGUACUAUUCCAGCUCUUUGUGUAUGUGUAUUGGGAGCAUCUCCUGCUCCAAUCUGUCUUAGCCUUUGAUUCCGGUGCAUUGGUGGAUCCAUCAGCAACUGUUCUUCAUGUUCUUGAAGGAUCCUGUGGAGAGGAAGGGUUUAUCCAUGAAGAAACUAAGGCCUAUGAAGAUAUAUUGGACUCCUGUGAAGAAUCACACCAUCCAGAGGUUUUUGAGGGGUUACCAGCAUUAAGAGAGGAAGUUUGGGCAGUUCAAACAGCAGAUACGGAUAGCUCGACCACCCACUCGAGCACACACUCGGCCGAGCGCCAACACUACUCGACCGAGUGCACUGCCGAAUCCCACACAGACGACUGGUCUGAACUGAACGCACCAAAAGUAGAGCUAAAACCUCUCCCUUCUGGGCUAAGGUACGUCUUUUUAGGUGAGAACUCUACUUAUCCUGUGAUAGUAAAUGCUAACUUGAGUAGGAAAGAGCUUGAUUUGCUAGUUGUUGAGCUAAGGAAGUUUAGAAAAGCUAUUGGUUAUACUUUGGAUGACAUUAAAGGAAUUUCACCUAGUCUUUGCAUGCAUAGAAUCCACCUUGAAAAUGAAUCCUACUCUAGUAUUGAACCUCAAAGAAGGCUUAAUCCCAACCUAAAGGAAGUAAAAGGAGGAAUCACUGUAGUAAAGAAUGAUCGUGAUGAGUUAAUUCCCACUAGAACCAUAACAGGACAUAGAAUGUGCAUUGACUAUAGGAAGCUUAAUUCUGCUACUAGGAAAGAUCAUUUUUCUCUUCCAUUUAUUGAUCAAAUGUUGGAAAGAUUAGCCAAUCAUACUCAUUACUGUUUCUUGGAUGGAUAUUCUGGAUUUUUCCAAAUUCCUAUUCAUCCCAAUGAUCAAGAGAAGACAACAUUCACAUGUCCAUAUGGUACCUUUGCAUAUAGGAGGAUGCCAUUUGGAUUAUGUAAUGCUCCAGCUACCUUUCAAAGGUGCAUGAUGUCAAUCUUCUCUGAUCUUAUUGAGGAUGUGGUUGAAGUUUUUAUGGAUGACUUCUCUGUCUAUGGAGAUUCCUUUUCUUCUUGUCUUACUAAUCUAUGCAGAGUUUUAAAGAGAUGUGAGGAGACAAAUCUAGUCCUAAAUUGGGAAAAAUGUCACUUCAUGGUUGAAGAAGGGAUAGUUCUUGGUCAUAAGAUUUCAGAGAAGGGUAUUGAGGUUGACAAAGCAAAAAUUGAAGUCAUGGUUCAACUUCAACCACCAAAAACAGUCAAGGACAUAAGAAGCUUUCUUGGUCAUGCUGGAUUUUAUAGAAGGUUCAUCAAGGAUUUCUCAAAGAUAGCUAGGCCAUUGACAAGGUUGCUUUGCAAGGAGACUGAGUUCAACUUUGAUGAAGAUUGUUUGAAGGCUUUCAAGGAGAUCAAGGCUGCUCUAAUAUCAGCCCCAAUAGUCCAAGCUCCAAACUGGGAUCUUCCAUUUGAGAUUAUGUGUGAUGCUUCAGAUUUUGCAGUAGGAGCAGUUCUGGGACAGAAGAAAGAUAAGAAGCUGCAUGUUAUUCACUAUGCAAGCAGGACCUUGGAUGAAACUCAAGGAAGAUAUUCAACAACAGAGAAAGAGCUUCUAGCAGUGGUCUUUGCCUUUGAAAAUUUCAAAAGCUACUUAGUAGGGUCCAAAGUAAUUGUGUACACCGAUCAUGCUGCUUUGAGGCACAUCUACUCAAAGAAGGACACAAAACCAAGGUUGUUAAGAUGGAUUCUGCUUCUCCAAGAGUUUGACAUGGAAAUAGUUGAUAAAAAAGGGAUAGAGAAUGGAGUAGCUGAUCAUUUGUCCAGAAUGAGGAUAGAGGAGGAGAUUCCAAUCGAUGAUUCAAUGCCUGAGGAGAAGCUGAUGCAGAUAGGGACAACUCGUGAAGAUCUACCUUGGUAUGCUGACAUAGUCAAUUACAAGGUGUGUGAAGAAGUCCCAGCAGAUAUGGACCCUUAUAAGAAGAAAAAGUAUGGAAUUCCAAGAGCUGUGAUUAGUGAUGGAGGAACACACUUCAUCAACAAGAUCUUUGAAGGAAUGCUAAGGAAGUAUGGAGUCAAACACAAGGCUGGAGACCAAGCUUUGCUUUACAAUUCAAGACUCAAGUUAUUCCCUGGGAAGUUGAAAAGUAGAUGGGGAGGCCCUUUUAAGAUAAAGGAGAUCCUACCAUAUGGGGCUGUCACACUUCUCAACAAGGAUGGUAGUGAGUUCACAGUCAAUGGUCAGAGAGUUAAGAAGUAUUUGGGAGAAAAGGAAACACCUGAGAAGUUCACAAUGCUUCUCCAAGAUGCUCCACAAGCCUAA